AUGAAUAAUGUUCAUUAUAUUAUGUAUCAUUCGAAUCAUGUCUUUUCUUCAUAUGAUUGUCUUUAUGCUGUUUGGGAUAUGGAUAAAAAUCUAUCUUUUAUUAGCGCACCUUAUAUUCCUAAUUAUUAUUUAAUUCCUUAUUGUCGACGAGCAGAUAAUGAAGAAUUAACAUAUUCAAUUGAUGAAACAAUUUCAACAAAGAUUAGUUUUACAGAAUUAAGACAAAAGAAUAUAACUGAUGAAGAUUUACUCAAUUGGUUCUUACCAAUUGAUAUUAUUGAAGAAUAUGAAAUGGGUAAUGAAAGUUUUCUUUAUAAUUGUUCAUUACCUUGGUUUGGAACAAAAUGUCAAUAUAAAUUUCCUUAUGAUCCAUUGUUAACAUUUAAUGAUAUUGUUAAUCAAACUUUUAGUCAACGAUUAUCCAGUUCAUCGAUAAAAACAGGUUCAUGUUAUCGAUUUAUUGAAAAUUGUAAUGAUGAUUCAUGGCCAAUGUGUCUUGAUUGGCGUGAAAUUUGUGAUAAAAAACCAGAUUGUCCUAACGGUGAAGAUGAAAAACAUUGUGAAGAACUUGAAUUAAAUCAGUGUAAUUCAAAUGAAUAUCGAUGUCAUAAUGGUCAAUGUAUUCCUUUGGAAUUUAUAUUUGAAAAUCCUACUAGUGUCGAUUGUUUAGAUGGAAGUGAUGAAAAAGAUAUUUAUACACAUCCACCUGCUGGUGAACCAUUAUCCUAUAAUUAUAAUUGUAUGAAUUUACCAAUAUUUCGGUGUGAAGAACGAACUGCACGAUAUCCUCAACAAUUUGUUUGUGGUGAUGGUGAAUAUAUUAAUGCUCCAUACAUGCCACAAACGCAACCAUUCUGUGCGAAUAAGCGUGAUACAGAAUUGACUCGAGAAUUGUUUACAUCGUUAAAACAUAUUGAAGAUGAGAAAUGUCGAGAAGCAUUUUAUUAUUUAUUACAUUACAAUCGAACUCUUAAUUUUAGUAUUACUCUGAAUAGAAUUCUUCGUUCUGAUGAUUUAUCUAUGAGAGAUUGUGAAUCGUUAGAAGAAAAAUGUUCAUCAGAAUGGUUAGUUCUACCAAAAAGAUCAAAUAUGUUUGGUUUUUUUCAAUUGAUUUAUUUUACUAAUCGUUCAGUUGAAGAAUUUAAACAAAAUAUCAAACCUGAUUUGAUCUGUUUUAAUAUUAAAAAUUGUCCUAUUUUAAAAGAUCAAAUAAUUGUUACUGAAAUAAUCAAUGGUUUAACCUGUUUUUCUGCAUCUAAUUUAACAAAAGAUGAACAAAUAUCUACUUUUGAUCAUUUAAUAUCGACGUUUUACGACAUUUCUCAACAAUGUUUAACAAAAGGUAUUGAAGAUUCUUGUAAUAAUUCAUUCCAGUUUCAUUGUCAAGAAUCACGAAAAUGUCUUUCAUAUCAUCGUGUUCAAGAUGGUCAUAAAGAUUGUUAUUUUAAUGAAGAUGAAGAUGAAGAACUUUCUGCUUGUUUAUUCAAUGAUUCUACUCGAUUUCAAUGUGAAAUUCCGAACGGCAUAUGCUUAUCUCCAGUGGCCAUUGGAAAUGGAUAUCGGGAAUGUUUUAGGCCCGAAGAUGAAGAUAUUGAUAGUAAACAAGAUUUUAAUAAAACAGCAUUAUAUUCAACAUAUUGUCUUGGUUUAAGAGCACAACCUAGUUAUGGAGCGAUAGAUAGAGAUCGUUCUCAUUGUGAAUUAUGGCCAUGUAAUAAUCCAUAUGUUAAUUGUGAUAAAAUUUGGGAUUGUCCAAAUGGUAUUGAUGAAUUAAAUUGUCCUGAUACAAAUUGUUCAUUAAAUCAACAUCAAUGUUAUGAUAAAGAUUUAAAAUUAACUUAUUGUUUAUCAAUAAAACAAUUCGUUGAUCAAAUUCAUGAUGAAUGUUACUGGUAUGGAGAUCGACCAAUUUAUUUUAAUAAUGGAAGUAUUAUUGAUAAAAAUAAAUAUUAUUUAUGGAACGAAACAAAAUGUCUUUAUGCAAAUAAUAUGUGUAACAACAUUAUCUCACAAUCAUCGAUGAUAGUUGAUGAUGAUGUAUGUUUGUAUGAUGAACAAAUACCUCAACUUCAGAUUCUAAGUUCACAGAAUAUUAUUUUAUUUAAUACGAACAAAACUUUGUGCAUUUUAGAAUUAGAUCGAUAUCGCGAUAAGACCAAAAGAUUUCUAACUUCUUUUAGAUUUGGUAAUUAUCCUCCUUUGAUUUCAUCAUCUCUUUCGACUGUUAGACACAUUCGUCUAAAGGAAAAGGAAAUGGAUAAGGAGAUUUAUUAUCCAAUGAAUAUAUCAGAAACAUGGUAUUGUAAUCGAGGAAUUCUUAUUUUAUUUGGAAUAAGUGAAAGAAAAACUUGUCUUUGUCCACCAAGUUAUUAUGGAUCACAAUGUCAAUGGCAAAGUCAACGAAUUAGUCUUACAAUUCAAUUUAUUUCACCUCGUACAACAUUUAUUAGUUCGAUUUUUCAAGUAAUUAUUAUGUUAAUCAAUGAACAAAAUGAAAUUGUUGGUAAUCAUGAAGAAAUUGUCUUUGUACCAAAUCGAGAUUGUCGUAUAAAAUAUCAUGUUUAUCUUUUAUAUCCAGAACAACCAAAAUUAUCUUCAAUUAAUUAUUCAAUUCGUAUUGAUCUUUAUAAUAAAGAAACAUUAAAUCAUUGGACAAGUUGGUUUUUAUCAAUUCCAUUUCAAUUUCUCCCUGUUAAUCGAAUAUCAACUCAAUUAUUUAUUCCAAAAGAACGAUUAACAAAAUCAUGUCCAUUAUCAUGUGGUUUACAUGGUCAAUGUAUUCAAUAUACAAAUAAUGAAUUAAAAUAUUUUUGUCAAUGUCAUCGAGAUUAUACAGGUCCAUUUUGUAAUAUUUCAUAUAAAUGUUUAUGUUCAAAUAAUUCAUUUUGUCUUUCAUCAAAUAUUUGUAUUUGUCCAAUAGAUCGAUUUGGAUCAAAAUGUUAUAUAAAACGAUCAAUUUGUUCAUUAAAAAUUAAUCCAUGUCAAAAUGGAGGAUUAUGUAUUCCAAGAGAUGAUCGAAUUAAUUUACAAGGUUAUUUAUGUUAUUGUAAUGAACAAUAUUUUGGAUUAAAUUGUGAAUAUGUAAGUUCUCGUAUUAAUCUCAAAUUAGAUGAAACAAUUGUAAGAACGUCAUCAUUUGUAUUUAUUCAUUUUAUUACAAUAUUUCAAUAUGCAAAAUAUGAACGAACAACAUUAUUAAAAAAAAUUCCAUUUGAUGAAAAUAUAAUAACAUUUUAUAUUUCAAAAGAAUUUCAUCUGAUUCUUAUUCAAUUAAUUAAUGAAAGUUAUUAUUUAGCCAUUGUUCGUGAAGAAUUUAUUCCAUCGGAAAAUAUAAAUGGAAAAAUUUCAUUGGAACAACAUUGUCCUUAUGUUAAACAAUAUUUCAAUUCAACAUUUCUUGAAUAUGAAACAAAAUAUCAUCCAAAAUAUUAUUCUUAUGUAUGUCGAGAAAGACGUGAUUUAAUGUGUUUUUAUGAUGAAACAUUAAUGUGUAUUUGUGAUAUUGAUCGUUUUGCUAAUUGUUUUGAAUUUAAUCAUACAAUUGAUGGAAAUUGUUAUGGACAUAAUGAUUGUCAAAAUGAUGGUCAAUGUUUUCAAAAUAAUCAAACAUGUCCAACAAUGUCAAUUUGUGUUUGUAAAGAUUGUUAUUAUGGCGGAAAAUGUCAAAUGUCAACUGAAGGAAAUCUUUUAUCACUUGAUCAAAUUAUUGGUUAUUUUAUUAAACCAACAAAUUCAUUUUCUAAUCAACGAUUAAUUAUUAAAAUUACAUUGAGUAUUACACUUGUUAUUUUUCUUUUUGGUUUAAUUGAUUUUAUUUUAUCAAUUUUAACAUUUCAUAUGAAAAAUUCUCUACAAGUUGGUUGUGGUUAUUAUUUAUUAAUAUCAUCAAUUCUUUCUUUAUUUAUGAUUAUAAUAUUAGUUAUGAAAUUUUUUCAUUUAAUUUUUUCACAAAUGGGUAUAAUUGAAAAUGAAUUUCAAUUAUUAUUUGCUUGUAAAUCACUUGAUAUGAUUCUAAAAUCAUUAUUAGCAUCAAAUGAAUGGAUGGUUGCUUGUGUUGCUAUUGAAAGAACAAUCAAUACAAUGAAUGGUACGAAAUUUAAUAAAAUCAAAAGUAAAAAAUUAGCAAAAUGGAUUAUUAGUUUUGUUAUUAGUUUAACAUUUAUUUCACAUUUUCAUGAUCCAUAUUAUCGUGAAUUAAUUAAAGAUAUUGAUGGAGAUGAUCGACGAAUUUGGUGUUUUGUUCGAUAUCCUUCAUUUGUUUAUAAUUAUAAUUAUUUCAUAACUCUUUUUCAUUUUCUUGUUCCAAUAUUGAUCAAUAUAAUAUCUGCUAUUAUAAUUACUAUCUUAGUAACUCGUAGUCGAUCGAAUCUUCAACGAAAUAAAUCAUAUAAACAACAUUUAAAAGAACAAUUAAAUCGACAUAAACAUCUUUUAAUUUCUCCAUUAACAUUAGUUUUAUUAGGAACACCUCGUUUAAUCUUUUCAUUUAUUCGUGGUUGUAUGAGAACAACACGUAAUCCAUGGUUUUAUAUGAUUGGUUAUUAUGUUUCAUUUAUACCACCAAUAUUAACUUUUUUAACAUUUGUUAUUCCAUCGGAUAAUUAUAGAAAAGAAUUUCGAAGUUCAAUUCAAAAACAAUUUAUUCGAAUUCGAUCAAUAUUUUUUUCAGGACACUAA